AUAAUUUGCAUGCAUUCUUUUUAACUAUCCUUUUUCAAAUUUCUCUAGAUCUUGUAGAAACAGCUGCAUUCCUCAUGACACAAUGGCAUUGCCAUCCAACAACACAGACUUAACCUUGAUCCUCUCAAAAUUGUUAGAAGACUAUGUAGAGAAGAAAAACCACCCCAAGCCUCUACCCUUCAAUGAUUCUAAUGACCAUCUGGAAGUAGUGUUUAUACUUCUGCUACUUGGAUUUUUUGGAUUCAUCACCUUUGGGGUCAUGAUCAGCUAUAUCCGCUCCAAAAAGCUGGAACAUUCCAAUGAUCCCUACAAUAUCUACAUCGCCACCGAUCUCUGGCAGAAGAGGGAUAAAGCCAACUUGCAGGUCAAAGUAAUAGAAAAUUAUAAAUCAUGUUGUAUAUGGAAAAAUGAGCAUGCUGUUGAACAACCUACUAAUCAUAUCCCUGAAGCGAAAUCUUAA